AUGACUGUAGUUGACUAUGCAUCUAAGUUUGAGGAUCAGUCAAGAUUUUGUCCUCACUAUAAUCGUGUGGAAGCUAAGGGUUCCUACUGUGUGAAGUUUAAGAGUGGCUUACAUCCUGAGACUAAGUUGUUCAUAAGCUAUCAAGAGAUUCGCCGUUUCUUAGUGUUAGUGAAUAAAUGCAGGUUUUAUGAUGAGGAUAUUAGAGGCGGAUUUGCUCAGUAUAAGAGUGUGAGUGAGAAGAAGAGUGAGUGUCAGCACCGUGCUAAGCCGUAUGUGACUCUAGUUGCUAAAGGGAAUCAGAAGUUCCAACAGAAGGCUGUAGAAGGGAGUGGAUCAAGUGGGGGAGGAGUUUCUACUUCUUUGAGAUGUUUCAAGUGUGGAGAGUUAGUUCAUUAUGUUGCUGAGUGCAAGAGCAUAUACCUGAAGUGUUUCAAGUGUGGGGAGCAGGGACAUCGUGCCUCUGAGUGA